CAACCACGAUGCACCGAGGGAUGUAUAGAUGUAUUUGGAUGUAUUUUUUUCUUUCAGCUCAUAUUUGCUCCUAAAUGCUGAUACUAUGUGGGAAUGCAUAAAGUGGGACAGUCGUACCAAAGAGUCUGUCCCAGUGGCUGAAAAAGGGAGCAAAAUUUCCACUGGGCCUCUGAUGGUGCAUAUCAUGAGCUGGCGCUCCCCCCAGCAGUCCGAAAGGCACCAGCUGAUUGAGGCUCCAUGGUAGGUCGUACCCAAUGUGGUCCUCCACAGACAGCCAGAUACUGAACACUGUGAUCCACCAAGUGGUCAGUGGGUGACACUUGAGAAGAACGGGGUCCUGGUUGCUCCAGAGUCCGACAGUAAUGAGCUCUGGGAUGCUGAGCUGCUCGGUGGCCCAGGAGAAGGGGGCCGUGUAUUCAUGGUGGAUGGCGUGGAUGCAGCGAUAAAGCUCUGUGUGUUUGUGGUGUAUAAAAUGCCAGAUGUAGUAUUGCGUGUCAAAGAGGAGAAGAAGAGCCAGUCCAUCUAUGAAGACGUUAUGAAGGGCAGGGGCUUCCUGAGGUAUCGCUGGUGGAGGUCCAUGACUGCAAAAGGUAAACUGAAGAAAAAGUAGCUGCAAAAAGCGAGCAGGACCGGCAAGAAAGGAGAUGAGAUGAGAGGCAGGUGGUGAAGAAGCAGAUAGUCCCAGAGCGGCUGCAGGAGACGGUCUGAUCUUUUGGAGCCCAGUCCUCCUUCCCAGUGGCUGGUGUUGGCGCCUCUGGUCAUCAUGCUCCCACAGCUGAUGCAAGGCUUCCCGUUGCUGUACGGCUGCAAAACAAACAGCAAAUGAAAUCAGGAGGGUUGCACGUCAUCCAGCUUCACUGCUUCAAGCUGACUUGUUCUUUGGCGCAGUAGCCACAGAUCAUCCUGGUGGCAAGCUCCAUGGGGUGGUCCUGGUCCUCAUCGUGGCACACGUCACACGGAGAGCUUUCCUGGGAACAGCUUAGGCAGCCCACAGUGAGAUGGCACUCUUGAAGCACAAGGUCAGAGGGAACAGCGUUUUGGAGGUCCAGGUAUCCCAAGACGUCGCUGUAAUGGUGCAGCAUGCACGGUCUGAACGCAGCGCUGAUGCUUGCAUUGCACUUUUCACACUGAGCUGCGCAGGCAGUCUUUCCAUUCAACGCAAGGUCUGCUGUCACCUUACACCUGAACACAUCCAGAACAAGUUAAUACAGUAGAUAAACAUGUUCUUUGUAACAUAUACUCGUAUAUAACCAUCUGCACCCAAGAUCUUUUCAUGUGGUUCAAUAAUCAAUAAUAAUCAAUAAUCAAACUUUAGAGACACCUCUUAGUGUGAUACACUUCCAUUUAGAAACAUAUUGUACAAUUAAAACUAACACAUUAACACAGAAAACUAAUUUAUUUAAUUAAUUACGUUAAUAUUUUUAGCAUGUUCUUCAUGGCAAGCCACGCCUCUCUGUUAUGACAGUGGAUGGAGGGAAGUGAAGCCUCCCCACGGAGACACACAACGUCCGUGCUCAGAACCUCAUUCUCCACAUGAUUGUGCAGGUGUUCUGUAAGUAUGUACAUAUAGCUAUGUAUUCGCUGACCUGUUGCAUUGCAGGCAAACAGUGAUGUACUCGCUGACCACAGUGGCUGUGUUCUCUCCCAGCCUCAGGCCAAGCAGCCUUACUUCUGUGCCUCGGCGGACGUCACUGAUCUUUAUAUUUUCCACCAAGUGACUGGCAUCCUCGUUUUCGUCCUGCUUUUGCUUACAACCUUGCCCUUCCCCGACUACUCUGUCGGCGUCUAACGUUUCUGUUCUCCCUUCAUCACUGCCUUCCUCUUCCACAUCUGCAGCGUCCGAUGAAUCAUUGUCCUCUGUUUUUUCACAUACUGCUGCCUGCAGAUCCUGAUAGGGUAUGAACUGUAACCCAGCCUUUUCUAAAUCAAUGUCCUUUUUCAACUGGAGGAAGAGCACAAGAACUAUAUCAAUCAAAUAUGUUAUGUUAAUAAGUGCUUGAGUAAGCAAGCAUCUCUCACCUGUCUGGCUCCCUCUGUGAAAAGCUUCUCCAAACUGCGAUCAAGCCAGCAGAGAAAAGGGCGGAAGAGCAGCUCGACUUUGCCAAGGAGUUGAUUGGUUGCAUGCUUUGCUUGAAGCCACUCCAGUGACGCUUGCUGUACGUGCCUACAGAGCCAUAGCACAAAUGUCUAUGAACCAAAAACACUCUGAAGAAGUGCUUUUAGUACCUUCCCAUCACUAAAGGCAGAUCCUGAUCCAAUGGAAUAUCCAGAGUGAAAAUCUAAAGGGAAUUAAAAUGUCAAUGGCAAUUCAUCAACACAUUCAUGUCAUACUAUUCAGUAGUAGUUCUCUUUACCUCCUUAGGGUACGUGUCUGGAAAGCUCACUGUGAUGUCUAUUUCUUUCAAAUCAAAAGGCUGCACAAAACAUGAAAGUAGUUCAACUUGUAAAGGAGAUGCAUCUAUAAACAUCCAAACAGUAAAUAUUUACCCAGUCUGGAUCUGAUGCUUCCACAGUGGCUCUGUAAUAAGUAACCUUGCCAUCGCUUCGUUCUUGAAUUAUGAGACUGUCUUUGGGAAAACGUCUCUUCAGCUGCUUGAUCUCAGUGUCUCGUAGCUGCAUGGCCACAUCCUCUGUUAGGUCACACAGCUUGACCUCCCGAAGGGUGUUUGGACGAGGUACCGGCACUCUCCUUUGUGUAAAACUGGUCUGGUUUCCAGACACAACAUUGUCAUCCACUGAGGUCAGCUGUGGUGGAUGCCAGAAGCGACACCUGUCCUCCAUGGUGCAGUGCCCUGAUAAAAAGUAGCGACAUGCGCGUCGUCCAGAAACUGAGGCCGCCUUGGACUUGGUCGUAAAUGGAGGCCUGUUCUCGACAUUUCCGUCAAGACCCAUUUGAGAUAGUGACAGGUUGUCGGCCUGAUCAGAAGUCCUGGUUGUUUCUUUUUUGUCAAAUCUUGAAUCCUCCCUUAUGUGUACAUAUCUGCACUUGGAACCAAAGUUGCAGUGUCUUCCUUGAGAGAAGAAGCGACACAGCUGCUGCGUUUGAGGGAUCACCUUUGGAGGGUAUAGGUCCUCUCCAGUAUUGUUCUCCAUUGUUAUUACACCUGAAUUUAAAGGGAACAUCGUAAACCACUGUCUGCUUUGUGAGUAGCCAGAAGCCUGGCCAAAGUGCAGUAAUCAAGUCUAACAAUGUUGGCUGUGUAUUAAUUAUUUACCCACAGAACUACAUUCUAUGUGGGUAAAUCCUGGUAGUCAGUACCCAUAACGUAUUUCAUAAUACGCAAGUCCCCUUCUUACAAUAUUCAGUUUACCAAAUGACCAGAUAUAUCAAAACAUGACGAAGCCACAUUAAAAACCGCUGAGCUAAGUAAACGGGAUCUGUAGUGUGACACAUUUACUCGUUUCUAGAAAAAAAAACAAAUUAAAACAUACUCUGCAGUUAAUGUCAACGUUCUCGUCGAUAUGUUUAUAACAUUAUAAUAACAUCAUGAAAUAUUGUGGAAAUAUGAGUGUUUUCCCUCACCUGAAAGUAGCUGUCAGGUUUACGUGCGACAAACAACGACACAGUGCGCGACGUGAUGACGUCAGGGAACGUGUACGUGCCGUCACGCUGUGAUUGUGAUUAUGUUUGCUUGUCGCCCUCUACAGGUUAGGAGUGUGAAUCACUCAACUCUGUCCAAAAAAAAUGGGACAUGAAAAUAUUGUAGUUUUAAUAAUUGUCAUGUUUUCCAAGCUUUACAGUAAUGUCAGUAAAUAUAGUAUUUUUAAUUCAAUUUUAGUGUAAAGUUGUAUAUUAUUUUUCAAUAAUAACAUCUUGCCACCAUUUCCAUUUUCAUAUCUGCAAGGUAUGGACAAUGUAGGAGUUAUUUCACAGUUAACCUGCUAAAAGGACUUGUCUGAACAAUAUCUUUAAUUUGUUGGUGUCACUUUACUGUCACUGAGCUGAAGCAGCCGCUGUUUCAAAUUGGCAUACAUUUUUGUGGAGAUAUUCCCUCUUAAGUAUGGCAAUUUUAAAUACUGGUGAAGAUAUGAUAUUUGAGCAUGUAACAAAGUUUUGUUGCAGCCAAAUUGAGACUGGACUAUGCAUAUUAUCUAUGCUCUCCACUCUUUCCCAUUGUUCUCACCGUCUUGUCUUACUUCAUCUUGUGUCUUCCAGGCUCCAUCCAUACUGGAGAUGAUUGCUGGGGUCCUCUGCAACCUGCUGCUCUUUGACCUGCAGUACUGUAAUCUGGCAUCAGUUGCAUCACAGGAUACGCUAGCUGGAUGUCACCUUCCAUGCCAUCCAUGGUUUUGCACGUCUACGUCUCUAUAGAGGACCGCUGUGGCUAUGAUUUUCCUUGGUCCACAUCAUGGCUAAUAAAAUACCCUUUGGGUUGUAUGGAGGACUCGGCAAACAUGAUGUGCACAAUCAGAAACCUCGACAGGGCCAUACACUAUCCAUUUUCUAUAUGACCUCUCCUCAUUAGGGUCAUGGAUUACCUUAAGAAAAAAAACCCUCCCACUCACGGGGAGGAUAUGCAAACUGCAUACUACAGUCAUUCAAACACUGUAAAUGCUGACUGGAACAUUGGAGCAGUAAGUGUGUGCUGUCAUUCACACUGUAGUUUCCUCUGUUGCUCUUAUGGUGGCGCUUGUCGACAUUCCGACGGAGUUGGGCUAAUGGAGUGAGUGAGCGGCUGCGAUAUGUCCAUGUAGAAAUUUACAUCUUUCAAUUCGACUUCAGUUCCUGUGUUCACGAUGGGGCAUUGUAGUAUCACUUCCUCGAAGACGGUGUUGGUUUUUCUGAACCUGAUAUUUUGGGCUGCCGCUGGCAUCCUCUGCUAUGUGGGAGCGUACGUUUUCAUUACGUACGAUGACUACGAUCACUUCUUUGAAGACGUGUACACCCUCAUCCCUGCAGUCGUCAUCAUUGCUGCUGGAGCGCUCCUCUUUAUCAUCGGGCUCAUUGGAUGCUGUGCCACCGUGAGAGAGAGUCACUGUGGACUCACAACGUUUGUCGUCAUUCUGCUGCUGGUUUUCAUGGCUGAAGUCGCUGUUGUGGUUCUUGGAUAUGUUUACAGAGCAAAGGUUGAAGAUGAUGUGAAUGACUCCAUCCAGAAAGUAUACAACGAGUACAACGGCACCAAUGGCAACGCACAGAGCCGUGCCAUUGACUACCUUCAAAGACAGCUCCAGUGUUGUGGCAUCCACAACUACUCUGACUGGCAGUAUACGCCCUGGUUUGACGUGUCAAAAAACAACAGCGUGCCCAUCAGCUGUUGCAAAGCAAACAUUGGUGGAAUCUGCACAGGGUCCCUUGCUCAUCCUGAAGAUCUUUACCAAGAAGGCUGUGAGGCUCUGGUUGUGAAGAAGUUAAAGGAGAUCAUGAUGUAUGUCAUCUGCACUGUGUUGACCUUUGCUGGCAUCCAGAUAUUGGGCAUGUUGUCGGCAUGCGUCGUUUUGUGUCGCAGAAGAAAUGAUCCUGCCUACCAGCUCCUCAUCACAGGUGGCACCCAAGCUUAAGACUCAUUGGUAAGAGCUGGGGUGUGAUCCACACUAACCUUUAAGACACUACACUGAAGCUGCAUUUGCAUUUUCUCCACAAAGCUGUAGUCCAAAUUCUUAAAUGGUGGCAAAGAAUGAUUUCAUGAAAGUUGGAAGCACACCAAAACUGUACUGUAUGGAGGAGGACUUGCACCGGUUGGGUUCCUCUUGAUUUUGCACUGUGUAUGUCAGACUGUCAGACUACAAGCUCUAGUACUACUAAUAUUCUACUGUACUGCCCCUUCUUUGGUUGAAGGCUGUCGCCAGCUCAUGUUUAUGGCCAAACAUUUACUGUGUAACCUGCUUUUUGCUGGCUGCAAAUCUCAUUAUCUUUGUACAUAAGUUAGAUUUUAAGUUUCUUGACAUUAUUUAAGUUAACAUGCUUCUCAGGCUUUUUCCUGAUUGUAGUUUUAGAAGUUGAAUCGAUUGUAGUAGUUGAUACCAAUGAAUGUAAAUAAAAUAUAAGGCAAGA